CCAAUUCGUGUUCCAGCUAAAAUACGUACUGUAGAUCGGCAACCUCGUUACCAGGGUGUCUCCUCUCUGGGCCCUCAUCUCGCGCAAGUCAGCAAAAGCUGAGCUCACAGCGUAAAAAUGUCCGGGACGGGUCCGGGACGCGCAAAAAGCACGAGGAAGAGGAUCCUUUCUCUGUCACGUAACGCUGCGCUCUCGGGUUGCGUGACAGAGAGAUGGCCAGAACUAGACCAGAAAGAACCAGGAAGAGGUAAGGGAGCUCACCCUUUGUGUCGGGACUUCCUACAGCCGUAAUACUACCUUAGAAAGUCUAGAACUUUUCCCGUGUGGAUUCUAGAAGCAAAGUUUCUCCAUCUAUGGUAGCUCAAGGAUUGCUUUCAUUCAUGCUUUGCACUAUAUUUUCUUGCCAAAAUCGUUGACCUGUCUGGAGUCAAGGAGUUCUUGUCUCUUUUUCUGUUGAAUUCCCUUACAUCCUUCAUUUACUUUGAAUGAAAUUGACGGAGAGCAGGAUACUUUUAAGUUCAUAUUUUGGGGAGGGGGAGGGGGUUAAAAUUUACCCGGGGGCGUAGCACGAUUCCGGCAAAAUUUGACUCGUUCCCAGUCGUCUCGCACCGGAUUCGUCUCGUCUCGGGAUUCUUUGUUUGCACAUUUACACGGAAGCGGGUCUCCAUGAUAGUUUCUGAUUGGUGGUCAGGUGUUCCAGAAAUAACGAUGAAAUAGCCUCGAUCUAGCUCGAUCUUGUGCUGGCAUAGAAACUCGCUGAAAGUUUGCAUACAAAAUUGAGUUGUCGAAUAUUGAGGCAAUUUGGUUGAAAACUCUCGAGGCAGCUGUUCGACCGAGUAUUGCACACGAUAAAUUUGAAUUUGGGAAACUUCACAGUGACACAUUUCGCCGUUGUUCGCUUCAGCAUGGAUUGCGGUACGAUCGGGUGCGAUUGGUUUCGGUCGUGUGGAUUUUAGCGAGGGUAUCUAAAGGAUGUUUCCAUUAUAGUCAGCCAUUCAAAACGACGCGAAUGUGACCUUCCAAACUAUAUGUAACUGUUGUGGAAUUUAAAUGCAAAGAUUCUAAAUGGAUAGAUGAUCAAAGACAAGAUUAUAAUGUCUGACUUUCUGUGGAUCUUCUUGGUUGUUAUCAUUGCUGGUUUGUGUACUGUAGCUGGUCAGCAGUGUACGUCCAAUCCAUGUUACUUUAAUGGAACCUGCACUGAGAGUGGAGGUAAUAACUACACCUGUCACUGCCCCUCUGGGUUCACAGGGAAGAGAUGCGAGGCUGUGAUAAACAUUUGUCAUUUUAACCUGUGUCAGAACAAUGCUGUGUGUCAAAGAUUUCAGACUGGAGGUUAUAAGUGUAUUUGUCAUGCUGGAUUUACUGGAAUCCAUUGUGAGACAAACAUAAAUGAGUGUAACCAGACAGCUCUUCCCUGUCAUAAUGGUGGUACCUGUGUUGACAGCAUUGAUGGUUAUAGCUGUCAGUGCACACCUGGUUUUUCUGGACCUUACUGUAAUGUAACAGUUACAAAGUGUGACGGCAGCCCUUGUCAGAAUGGUGCAACUUGUGUGGAAAAUAUCUUGGGCUAUAACUGCACAUGUGUCACUGGCUUCACUGGGCUAAACUGUGAACAGAACAUUGAUGAUUGCUCAGUAAACCCUUGUCAACAGUUUGAACAAUGUGUUGAUGGAAUUAACAGUUAUCAAUGUGUUUGUCCUGUUGGAACAACUGGUCAACGGUGUAAUGUUAACAUUGAUUACUGCUCUGGCCAACCUUGUUUAAAUGGUGCAACAUGCAACAACUUUCAAGGGAACUUUUCCUGCACAUGUGCUGCAGGAUUUGAAGGACACCUUUGUGAAAAUGACACAGAUGAGUGUGCCUCACAACCUUGUUUCAAUGGCGGCACAUGUAAGGACAAACUGAAUGGCUUCACAUGUGACUGUCCUGCUGGUUUUAUCGGCAAUCAGUGUGAAGCCAACAUCAUCGAGUGUCUGUCGAACCCGUGCCAAAAUGGUGGUACAUGUAUAGAGAGUGUUGGUCUAGUUGGGUACACAUGCUCUUGUCCAACAGGAUUUCAGGGUCUCCACUGUGAAUUUAGUAGUUCUUCAUGCCAGCCCAAUCCUUGUCAAAACAAUGGCACGUGCAGCCUGCAUGGCAACAGUUCAAACUGCACGUGCCCAACCGGUUGGACCGGUUCUUAUUGCAAUAUUGAUGUGGAUGAAUGUCGCUCGUCACCAUGUGGAAAGCUGGGCUCGUGCCACAACACGCCCGGUGGCUAUAACUGCACUUGCUUAGCAGGAUUCACGGGUGCACAUUGUGAUAAACACGUGGACGAAUGUCUUGACGAUCCUUGCCAGAACCAAGGCACCUGCGAGGAUUUAGUGAAUGGCUACAGGUGUACUUGCACUGCGAGCUUUUCUGGAAAAAACUGCGAGGUUCCACUAAGUGACUGCUCUGCGCAGCCGUGCAAGAACGGAGGAACGUGCCAGCUUGGUGGAAAUGGGUUUAGCUGCUUAUGUAAACCGGGUUAUACCGGUUUGACCUGUGACAUUGACAUUGACGAAUGCUCCUCCAAUCCGUGUAGAAAUGGUGGCACGUGUGUGAAUAAUGUUGAUAGUUACCUAUGUCAGUGUGCUGAGGGAUAUCGAGGAAGAAUUUGUGAAGUGCUGUUUUCUGUUAGUUUUCAACGUGGAUCAUACCUUCCUGCCUUGAAUUUUCGAUUGUUCCCAUCGGAGGUGUUCUCAUUUAGAUUCCGCACAACUCUGCCGGAUGGACUCUUAUUCUACCAGGGAGCAGACCUCGCAAAGGAGCACCCAGACCACGUGAUCCUAGAGCUAACAAACGGUUCAAUUCGUCUGUCGUUCAACACUGGCCUGGACACGGCAACAGCCAAGUUAGGAAGCAAUCUGAACGACGGGGCCUGGCACCAGAUAACUGUUCAGAUAUCUGGUUCCCAGGCCACUUUAUUUACGGACAAGGACAUUUGUGGUGCUGUGUGCCCCUCAGUCACCGUCAGUACAACCAGUGAUGGUAGCUCACAGUUUUCUGGCCUGCCUUACUUUGGAGGCCUGAGAAAGUUGGUCCCGCAGAUAAAACAGCAGCUUGCAACUGAUGGCUCGUUUGUGGGAUGUAUCAAGGACUUUCUAUACAACAAUGUGGAUACCGGUCUACAGGGUGUUUUUGCUCAAUCGUACCUAGUCUCCACCGGGUGCCAGAGACAGGAUGUCUGUAGUAACCAUGGAUGCAGGCAUGGCGGCGCAUGUGUAGAUGAGUGGAGCCAGUUCAGUUGUCGCUGUCCCCAAGGAUUCGUGGGCUCUUUCUGCGAGCAUCAAAUCACAGCCACGUUUGAUAGCGAUGAUAAUUCUGGUCUUAAAUUUGCUGCCGCUAACAUUACAUCGUUUUCUUUGGAGUUUUCAAUUGAUCCCACACUGCCUAGCGGAGUGCUGGCGUUUACAGGGUCAUCGCAAGGGGAUUUUGGUCUGGCCUUGGACCAGGGACGUUUAAUAGCAGCAUACGCGAAGUCUUUCUUCGAAAGAAGCAGCGAUGUGAUUGGCCAGAACUUUUCUGAUGGUAGAUGGCACAAAGUGCACGUCAACGUCACUUCCGGCAAUGUCACGAUUAGCGUAGACACAUUUCAAACUGUCCUAACACCGCCAAGAGGUUCCCAGGCCAUCACGGAUCUUGAUGAUAAUUUAUACAUGGGAGGACUUCUGAAUCAGUUUUCAGUUUUGGGGAUUACUCUAAACAACAAAUUUGUAACGUUUAGUGGUUGUUCAAGAAGUGUUACAAUAAAUGAGGAAGAAAUUACGUUCGAAACUGCACAAAAAAGUGGAGGAUUUCUUUUGCCGAAAUCGAGCUGCAAGAAAGACGAAAACUGUGCACCAAGCCCUUGUGCCAAUGAAGGAAAGUGCGAUGCUACGUGGACUGGGUUCGAGUGUCGUUGCUUGAAUGAUUUUGUUGGCAGCCAGUGUCAAAAUGUUUCUGAGACGUCAUUUUUAUCGAAUGACAGCAAUGUUGAGCUUUCACUGAACUCGUCACAUUGGAGCUUCGGUCAGAGUGGAUCUCUAUCGUUCAGGACUCACGAAACACAUGCUCUGCUUAUGUACGCCGGGCGAAAGCCUGGGGGAGGAAAUUUAGAAUUUCUUCUUCUUGAUGUCACUUCCGGUCAAGCUAGAUUUUCCGCUGACCUUGGCUCAGGAUCGAGUGCGGUGUUGAUCAAUACACCCGUGUCCGAUGGCGACUGGCAUCACGUGGCCUGGACCCGAAGAUACAAGCACAUUACUCUCACGCUGGAUGGAGCGACCACUUUACAGGCAGACCUACCUGGAGCAGACGCAGCGUUUAAUGCUGCCCAGGAGCCUGUGGUUUCUGUUGAUAUUGGAGGAUUCCCAGCUGGUGUAUCACAGGCCAAAGGACUUACUUCACCAAAAUCUUUCAAGGGUUGUAUAAAGGAUAUCAAGUUUAACUCACGCCGUGUUCAUUAUCUGUCGCCCAACUCUCAAGAUGGCCUUAACGUCACCAAGAAACGCGUCACAGUAGGUUGUCAAGGAAACUCAACCUGCUCACCCAACCCUUGCCCAGCCCACAGUGUUUGCGUGCCAUCUUGGAAUGGUUUUAACUGCACUUGUGACUCUGGUUGGACGGGCGACAAAUGCGAUAUUCGCAUUCCUGACUGCACAGUAAAUAACUGCACGAAUGGCGCAACAUGUGUUAAUGUCACGGACGGUUUCAGGUGCACGUGCGCCCAGGGAUAUACGGGUCGGUAUUGCGAGGACAAGAUAUUUUAUUGCCAGUUCACACCGUGCAAGAACAGUGCGACAUGUCAUGAAAUAUCAGGAGGUUACAGGUGUGACUGUGCUGUGGGAUUUACCGGAAAAGACUGCGAAACUGAUAUCGAUGAAUGUGCAAGCGAUCCUUGUAAAAACAGCGGAUCGUGUUCUGAUCUAACAGGCAACUACUCUUGUCAGUGUCCUGUGGGCUUUGCUGGCAGAGACUGUGAAGUGAACGUGGAUGAAUGCUCACCAAAUCCUUGUUUAAACCAGGGAACAUGCCUUGAUUUGAUUGCGAACUACAGUUGUCGUUGUUCCCUGGGUUUUACUGGUAGAAACUGUGACAGUAAUAUCGACGAGUGUUCUUCGAACCCGUGCAGAAACCAUGCAACCUGCCUUAAUUUGGUUGGUAACUACAGCUGCAGUUGUGCUCCGGGUUACUCUGGUAGGAAUUGUGAACUCGACGUCGACGAAUGCUCUUCAAACCCGUGCUUAAACAACGCUACAUGCGCUGAUUUAAUUGCAAACUAUAGCUGUCACUGUUCAGUAGGUUAUACAGGGAAGAACUGCGAAGUUAACAUCGAUGAGUGUUCUCCUUAUCCUUGCUUAAACCAAGGGACGUGUUCUGACCUUGUGGGGAAUUACUCCUGUAGUUGUCCCGUAGGGUACAGUGGGAGAAACUGUGAAGAUGACAUCGACCAAUGCUCUCCGAAUCCAUGCUUGAAUCAGGGUACUUGUAGCGAUGGCAAUGGAGACUACAGUUGUUCAUGUACUGUGGGUUAUACUGGCAGGAAUUGUACCGUAGAUAUUGAUGAUUGUAAUCCUAAUCCGUGUCAAAACAACGCUACAUGUGUUGAUAAAACUGGUGCCUAUAGUUGCCAAUGCUUGCCGGGAUUUUCCGGUGGAAACUGCGAGACGAACAUUAAUGAAUGCUCUCCGAACCCGUGUUUAAAUCAAGGUAGCUGCGAGGAUCUGAUUGCCAAUUAUAGUUGUAAAUGCCUACAAGGAUUUACAGGACGAGAUUGUGGAACAGACAUCAACGAAUGCUCUUCAAAUCCAUGCUUAAACGACGCUACAUGUUCCGAUCUAGUUGGAAACUACAGCUGUCACUGUUCAGUUGGUUUUACAGGAAAAAAUUGUGAAGUCAACAUAAAUGAGUGUUCUCCAAACCCGUGCAGGAACCAAGGAACCUGUUCUGAUUUAACAGGAAACUACAGUUGUAGUUGCCCUCUUGGUUUUAGUGGAAGAAACUGUGAAGUUGACACUGACGAAUGUUCUUCUGGGCCUUGCAGGAACAAUGCAACUUGUACCGACCUCACAGCCAACUACAGUUGUCAAUGUGUUUUGGGUUUCACUGGUAGAAAUUGUGAAAUAGAUGUCGAUGAGUGUUCUGCAAACCCCUGCGGAAGUCACGGUACAUGCAGGGAUCUAAUUGGAAACUACAGCUGCAAUUGUGUUUCAGGAUACACCGGCAGAAACUGUGAAAUAGAAAUCAAUGAAUGUUCUUCAAGUCCCUGUAAAAAUCAUGGUACAUGCAGUGACCUUGUCGGGAAUUAUAGCUGCAACUGUGUUUCUGGUUACACUGGUAGAGACUGUGAAGUGGACAUCGACGAAUGUUCUUCGAGUCCCUGUAAAAAUCAUGGUACAUGCAGCGACCUUGUUGGGAAUUAUAGCUGCAACUGUGUUUCUGGUUACACUGGUAGAGACUGUGAAUUGGACAUCGACGAAUGCUCUUCAGGACCGUGUUUAAAUCAUGGUACAUGCAGUGACCUUGUUGGGAAUUAUAGCUGCAUCUGUAUUUUUGGCUACACCGGCAGAAACUGCGAAGUGGACAUCGAUGAAUGUUCUGCACGUCCAUGUUUAAAUCAUGGUACAUGCUCUGAUCUUGUUGGAAACUACAGCUGUAAUUGCAUUCCGGGUUUUAGUGGCAGAAACUGCGAAACAGACGUCGAUGAAUGUUCUUCAAAUCCCUGCUUGAAUCAUGGUACUUGCAACGAUCAUGUCGGAAAUUAUAGCUGUAAUUGUAUUUCGGGUUACACCGGCAGAGACUGUGAAACAGACAUUAAUGAAUGUUCGUCGAAACCCUGUUUAAAUCACGGCACAUGUUCUGAUCUGAUUGGAAAUUACACCUGCAGCUGUAUCUUGGGCUACAGCGGUAGAAAUUGUGAAGUUGAUAUCAAUGAAUGCUCCUCUGAUCCGUGCUUGAACAACGCUACCUGCUCAGAUCUGAUAGGAAACUAUAGCUGUAGUUGUUCGCUGGGAUUCACAGGACGAAACUGUGAAGUGGAACUCGAUGAAUGUGUAUCUGGCCCAUGUAAGAACCAAGGGACUUGCACUGAUCUCAUAGGAGCGUUUAGCUGUAAUUGCGUCACGGGUUUUACUGGUAAAGAGUGUGAAGUAGACAUUAACGAAUGUUUUUCUAAGCCUUGUCUAAAUGGCGCUACGUGUUCUGAUCUAAUAGGCAAUUACAGUUGUCAGUGUCCAUUGGGGUUUGCUGGUAGAAACUGUGGCGUUGACAUUGACGAGUGCGCUUCUGGGCCUUGUGAGAACAGAGCAACUUGUACUGACUUGGUAGCCAACUACAGUUGUCAGUGUGUUUUGGGUUUCACAGGAAGGAAUUGCGACAUCAAUAUAGACGAGUGUUCUCCAAAUCCCUGCAAAAACAGCGGGACUUGUUCAGACUUGAUCGCAAGCUAUAGCUGUUCUUGCGUACCGGGUUACACGGGGAAAAACUGCGACACCGACAUAGAUGAGUGCGCGUUCGAUCCAUGCAGACACGGUGCCACGUGUGUGGACGGCCUGGCAAAUUAUACUUGUACUUGUGCCACUGGUUACGCGGGAAGAAACUGUGACGUGGACAUUGACGAAUGCGCUGUGGAUCCCUGCAAGAAUGGAGCCAAAUGCACUGAUCUUGUCGGAGAUUUUUCUUGCAGUUGUUUGGCAGGUUAUACGGGAAAAAGCUGUGAAAUUAAUAUAGACGAGUGUAAUUCCAGUCCUUGUAUGCAUGGCGCUACUUGCCAUGACGGAAUCAACAAUUACACGUGUAGCUGUGUUCCCGGAUUUACCGGAAGACGAUGUGAAAUUAACAUAGAUGAUUGUUCACCAGUUCCUUGUCGAAACGAUGGGAUUUGCUCUGAUGCCGUUAACAGCUAUCAUUGUGACUGCGAAGGGACUGGUUUCAACGGUUCACAAUGUGAACUUGACAUCGAUGAAUGCGCCUCAACUCCUUGCGUUCACGGCGCUUGUAACAAUACCGUGGGUUCGUAUUUCUGUGACUGCACGGGGUCUGGGUACAGCGGAAGUUAUUGUGAAGUUGAUGUGAAUGAAUGUAUCACAUUGUCGACGCCUUGUCUUAACGGCGGUACGUGUCGAAACAGCGAAGGUUCUUACCAGUGCGCGUGCGUGGCGGGUUAUAAUGGGAAAACUUGCGAAGUGAACAUUGACGAAUGCGCGAGUGACCCGUGCAUUCAUAAUGGCCGAUGCGUUGAUCUCGUUAAUGGUUUUUACUGCAGCUGUACUGGUACCGGCUUCAAAGGAUUUCGCUGUGAUAUCAACGUAGAUGAAUGCGCAACUGGUGAACACGAAUGUCAAAAUGGCGGCGUGUGUGUAGACAACGAUGGAGGCUAUAGCUGCACAUGCGCGCCUGACUACACAGGAGUGUUGUGCGAAGGCAGGUUACCGAUUGUGUACGAACCCACGGCAAGUGCACGCAAGCAGAACAAGCAAAUGGAACUCGGGUUGUCGAUAGGAUUUGUGCUGCUGGUGGCGUUGAUAGCGACCGUGUUACUGUUCUUGUACCGUAAGAAACAAAUGAGUAAGAUGAGCGGCAGGUACUACCCGUCCGAUGAAGAGUUCAAGGGUGGAGCUUAUUCCAUGACACAGCUGGAGAAAGACGAACGACUGAUCUAGAGCUCUGAACUGAGCAACAGUCCUUCAUACAACGCUAGAAACUAGCGAGCAUGAAAUACCGCACAGAAGUGAGACUUCUCAAGCUUAGCUCGACUUCUACUGACGUGUAGCUUGUACUUGCGGGCAGAGACGAAGUUAACUGACCAUUUGAUGGUUUGCUUCAGCUGAGAAAAAAUGUGAAUCACGCGGAGCCUUUCUCUACAGACACAAUACAUCUAUGCGUUUUCUAAUUUUAUAUUCCGCGCUUAAAACCAGGUAAAUUGACGUGCGUACCAGGUUAAGAUUCACAUCAGAGGAAAAAGCGGAUUGCCGAGAGACAAACGAGUAAAUCACCGUUUAUUUUUGUAUUUAUGUAAAUAGUGUACAUAAUCCCCGCAGCGUAUGUAGAUUUUUGUACUCAAUCACGAAACGUCGUCAGCUUUUGUAAUAUAUUAGAGCAGACCGCUACUUCCGCGAAAUUGUCGCGCUGCUCUGAAUACGAAUACUAGGAAAUUCAUUUUGUAAUUAAAGUUUCUUUUUCAGCAACGUAAAUGCUGUUAUUUUUUUAUGUUGAUGUUUAUUUUAUCGCUUAAAAAACUCAUUUUUUGCCUGCCGUAUUUUUAAAGUGUGUUUUGUCGGUUAUGUUUUUUGAUGUUAUUUUGAUGCCAGAAGUUUUUGUAGGAUUUUUUAUUAUAAUAUAUUCAGGCUAUAUUGUGAAAAUGUGUAUCAUAUCAGAAAGAAAGAUGCGUUAAUAAACUCAUGCGAAUCGUUUA